AUGCAGAUCCUCCAAAGUAGCCCCCACCGACGGUUUGGGCAUAGCACUGGAUUGGCGUAUCACGUCCUUCCUCUUGUGGAAGACGUACACCUUCGUGAGCAGAAUGCCAGUGCAUGCCACCUAUCGAAUCUCAGAUCAGAUACAGGAUACACGGCAACGACUGUCGACAUUAUGCCUCAGGAUCGGUUCUACUGGCUUGGCCAAAUCAACAAAGCCAGCGUGGUUGUCAAUUUGGACGAAGGGCUGUUAGGCCGCGAGUUAGGCCGCCGUAUCGCGAAAGGGCUCGCGACAGUGCUCGUCAAUGGAGACCAACCCAAUGGUCACCGGCCUGGGCGCGUCAUUAACUUCGAGCCGUUGCUCAUUCAGGCUGCUGGUGUUGAAGUUACACGUCUGCACAUAGGACGUUCAAGUCAAGACAUGCAUACAACUGCUUCCACGGCCAUGAUAAGGGAAGAGGCAUUGGCAUUAGCCAAUCAGCUACACCAAACCACGCAUCAGAUAGUUCAGCUGGCAGAAGAACACGUCGAUACUCUGGUCCCCAAUUAUACUAAUGGCGUUGCCGCUCAGCCCAACUCCUACGGACACUAUCUCUUAGGGCACGUUGCUGGGUUGCUCCGGGAUGCAGAGCGUCUGCGACAAUUCUAUACUCGACUCGACAGGUGCGCAAUGGGCAGUACUGUAUUGAAUGGCAGCAGUUGGCCCCUUAACCGAGAUCGUAUGGCCAAGUAUUUGGGAUUCUCGGCCGUAGCUGAUAAUGCGUAUGAUGCUGUUCAGAUUUCCAGCACAGAGAUGCCAAUCGAGCUCGGAGCAGUCUGUACCAGUAUGAUGAUCCAUGCCGGAGCCUUCAUCCAGGAUAUCAUGACGCAGUAUGCGCAACCCAGGCCUUGGCUUACGUUACAGGAGGGUGGGGACAAUACAUAUGUAUCCAGCGCGAUGCCACAGAAGCGCAAUCCAGGGUUGCUGAACAACACGCGUGCCAAUGCUUCGAAGGUAGCGACAUUGGGUAUUGGCCGAGCUUUACAGGCCCACAACAUCACUCCGGGAAUGAUCGACGCAAGAAGCACGAGCGAUAACAUUGAUGUGCUGAAAGGCGCGAGGUCGGUCUUGAGAGACUGGGGACGCAUUCUUCGUGCUCUGCAGAUAAAUCGCGCCAGGGCGUUGGAGGAGCUAAAUAGCGACUGGACAGCGUCUCAGGAGGUAGCGGAUGUUCUUAUGCGACAACACGACGUUGCCUUUCGGAUUGGACAUCACUUCGUAUCCGGGAUCGUAGCUUAUGCUAGACAGCAUCAGAUACGCCCAAGCGACUUUCCGUAUUCCGAAGCGAUUCAAAUUUGGAAGAAUACAUAUAGUCACAUGGGACUGGUAGAUGCCCGAUGCCUACCUAUGAGCGAGGAAGAGUUUCGUGACACUCUGGACCCUGUUGCUAUCAUUCGCAACCGGGCCACUGCUGGUGGGCCGCAGCCGUUGGAAAUGCAGCGGAUGAUGGAGGAGGCCAAGAUGAAUCUUGACGAACUCCAAGGAUGGACAGCAGGGAGAGAAUAUGCGAUCAAGUCUGCUAUCACGAAGCUUGCCAAUGAUUUUGAUGACAUUGUUCGCGAGUAG